AUGGCUUCUGUACACGAAGGGGCAGGAAAAUUCUUCUUCCUGUACGGCCAUGGUGGUACAGGGAAGACCUAUCUGUACAACACAAUUGUUGCAAAACUCCGUAGUCAGCAAAAAAUCGUUUUAGUGGUUGCAUCAUCGGGUAUUGCGGCUACUCUACUUCCAGACGGAUCAACCGGACAUUCUAGGUUCAAAAUUCCAAUUGAGAUCGAUGGUUUUUCAACCUGCAAAGUUAAAAAGGGCACUCAUUUGGCAGAGUUACUAAAAGCAACCUCGCUCAUUGUGUGGGACGAAGCACCGAUGACUCAUCGCUAUUGCUUUGAAGCUUUGAACAAGACUUUAUGCGACGUCAUGGAUGUGCCUUACAGUGGAGAUAGUCACAAGCCAUUUGGUGGCAAGACAGUCCUGCUUGGUGGGGAUUUUCGGCAAAUCCUGCCAGUUGUUCCAAACGGUGGUCGUGAGGAAACUCUUAGUGCAUCAAUCGUUCGUUCUCCACUCUGGUCGCACUGCAACCUUCUCUGUCUACACCAGAAUAUGCGCAUUAAUCAAGAUGCUGUUAAUGAAACCGCUAUAUUCAGUGAAAUGACAUUCCCACAAUGGGUUCUUGCUGUUGGGAAUGGGGUUGCACCUACUGUUUCCUUGGAUGAAAGUCCUGAAAGAACGUGGAUGAAGAUUCCACAAUGCCUACUCUUGCCACAGGAAGGUGAAUCCAUUGAGCCAGUUGUUAAUUUUGUAUUCCAUGGACUGCUCGAGGCUUACAGGUCAGUUUCCUUCCUCAAGAGUCGGGCUAUUGUCACACCGACAAAUGAAACCGUCUCUGCGAUAAAUGCUUCUAUUCUUUCGUGCAUUCCUGAGGAGACAAAAAACUACUAUAGCACAGAUAGUUUGUGCGCUGAAUCAACGGACAACUCAGACUUGGAUACACUGUAUCCCAUUGAAUUCCUGAACUCUCUUUCUUUUAAUGGGAUGCCUGAGCAUGAACUAACUCUGAAGCUUUAUGCACCCAUCAUGUUGCUUCGGAAUAUAGAUCCAUUGGCUGGUAUGUGUAAUGGAACACGCCUAAUGGUGACACAUCUUGGAGAAAAUGUGAUAAAGGGAAUCAUACUCACCGGUACUUACGAGGGUACGGUGGUCGCUAUACCGAGAAUAGCUCUGAACUUUAGUGAUCACAAAUGGCCUUUCACAAUGAAACGCCGCCAGUUCCCGGUACGACUCUGCUAUGCCAUGACAAUCAACAAGAGCCAAGGCCAGACACUCGAAAAGGCAGGGGUUUUCUUGCCAAAACCAGUAUUUAGUCAUGGCCAGUUAUAUGUGGCAAUUUCUCGGGUUCGCUCGGCAGCAGGCCUUAGAUUCCUCAUUCACAAUGACGGUAGUCUUCCCCAUGACUGCACCAAGAACAUCGUCUACACUGAGCUGUAUUCUGAAUUAUCCUACCCUGGUAACUUUGCAUUCUGCCUUACACUUUAA